CGCGUCCUCCGAGCCCGCGGGAGCGCCGAGCUGCAGCCGGCAGACUUCUCCCGCACAGGGCUCGCCAAGAGCGGGCUCCGAGGGACCCAGGACUCACUCUCGUACCUGCAAACUAGGGAGCAACCUUUUCCUUCGGUCUCUGGAAUAGCACUUGGGGCUGUCGGCAUGAGGGUAGCGAGGCGCAAAGGCAGCCCCUGCCUUUUCCCCUUGCAGCUCUUCAGCCUCUGCUGGGUGCUCUCGGUGGCUCAAAGCAAGACGGUUCGUUACAGCACCUUCGAGGAGGAUGCCCCCGGCACGGUCAUCGGGACCCUCGCUGAGGACCUGCAUAUGAAAGUGUCCGGAGACACAAGCUUCCGCCUGAUGAAGCAGUUCAACAGCUCGCUGAUCCGGGUACGCGAGGGUGACGGGCAGCUGACCGUCGGGGACGCGGGCCUGGACCGCGAGCAGCUGUGCGGCCAGGCCCCGCAGUGCGUGCUGGCCUUCGAUGUGGUCAGCUUCUCGCAGGAGCAGUUCCGGCUGGUGCACGUGGAGGUGGAGGUGAGAGACGUCAACGACCACGCGCCGCGCUUCCCCCGCUCGCAGAUCCCGGUAGAGGUGUCCGAGGGCGCGGCUGUGGGCACACGCAUCCCCCUGGAGGUGCCGGUGGACGAGGACGUGGGUGCCAACGGGCUGCAGAGCGUGCGCCUGGCCGAGCCGCACAGCCCCUUCCGUGUGGAGCUGCAGACGCGCGCGGACGGCGCCCAGUGCGCCGACCUGGUGCUGCUGCAGGAACUGGACCGCGAGAACCAGGCCACCUACAGCCUGGAGCUGGUGGCCCAGGACGGCGGGCGCCCCCCGCGCUCCGCCACGGCCGCGCUCAGCGUGCGGGUGCUGGACGCCAACGACCACAGCCCGGCCUUCCCGCAGGGCGCCGUGGCCGAAGUGGAGCUGGCGGAGGACGCGCCCGUGGGCUCGCUGCUGCUCGACCUGGACGCGGCCGACCCCGACGAGGGUCCCAACGGCGACGUGGUGUUCUCCUUCGGGGCCCGCACACCGCCCGAGGCGCGCCGCCUCUUCCGCCUCGACCCGCGCACGGGCCGCCUCACCCUGGCCGGCCCGGUCGAUUACGAGCGCCAGGACACCUACGAGCUGGACGUGCGGGCCCAGGACCGCGGCCCGGGGCCCCGCGCCGCCACCUGCAAGGUGAUCGUGCGCAUCCGCGACGUCAACGACAACGCGCCUGACAUUGCCAUCACCCCGCUGGCCGCCCCGGGCGCGCCCGGAGCUUCGCCCUUCGCCGCCGCCGCCGCGGCCGCCGCGGCUCUCGGGGGGGCGGACGCAGCGUCGUCUGCUGGGCCCGGGACGCCCGAGGCCGGCGCCGUGUCGCUGGUGCCGGAGGGGGCGGCGCGGGAGAGCCUCGUGGCGCUGGUCAGCACCUCGGACAGGGACUCGGGCGCCAACGGGCAGGUGCGCUGCGCCCUCUACGGGCACGAGCAUUUCCGCCUGCAGCCGGCCUACGCGGGCAGCUACCUGGUGGUGACCGCGGCGGCCCUGGACCGCGAGCGCAUCGCCGAGUACAACCUGACGCUGGUGGCCGAGGACCGCGGCUCCCCGCCGCUGCGCACGGUCAGGCCCUACACGGUGCGCGUGGGCGACGAGAACGACAACGCGCCAGUCUUCACGCGGCCGCUCUACGAGGUGUCGGUGCGCGAGAACAACCCGCCCGGCGCCUACUUGGCCACCGUGGCCGCCCGCGACCCCGACCUGGGCCGCAACGGCCAGGUCACCUACAGGCUGCUGGAGGCCGAGGUGGGCCGCGCGGGAGGUGCCGUGUCCACCUACGUCUCGGUGGACCCCGCCACCGGGGCCAUCUACGCGCUGCGCAGCUUCGACUACGAGACGCUGCGCCAGCUCGACGUGCGCGUCCAAGCGAGCGACGGCGGCUCCCCGCAGCUCUCCAGCAGCGCCCUGGUGCAGGUGCGCGUGCUGGACCAGAACGACCACGCGCCGGUCCUGGUGCACCCCGCACCGGCCAACGGCUCCCUGGAAGUGGCCGUCCCGGGGCGCACGGCGAAGGACACGGCGGUGGCACGCGUGCAGGCCCGCGACGCGGACGAGGGCGCCAACGGGGAGCUGGCAUUUGAACUCCUGCAGCAGGAGCCGCGGGAAGCCUUCGCCAUCGGCCGCCGCACGGGGGAGAUCGUGCUCACCGGCGACCUCUCGCAGGAGCCGCCGGGCCGCGUGUUCCAGGCGCUGCUGGUCAUCUCCGACGGCGGCCGCCCCCCGCUCUCCACCACGGCCACCGUCAGCUUCGUGGUGACCGCGGGCGGGGGACGGGGGCCGGCGGCGCCCGCCGGCGCGGGGAGCACCGAGCGCUCCCGCCCGCCCGGCUCGCGGCUCGCGGCGUCCGGGCCGGCCCUCCAGUGGGACACCCCGCUGAUCGUCAUCAUCGUGCUGGCGGGGAGCUGCACGCUGCUGCUGGCCGCCAUCAUCGCCAUCGCCACCACCUGCAAUCGCCGCAAGAAGGAGGUGCGCAAAGGGGGGCCCCGCCGGGAAGAACGGCCCGGGGCGGCGGGCGGCGGAGCCUCGGCUCCUGGCUCCCCAGAGGAAACCGCCCGGGGAGCCGGGCCCCGGCCCAACAUGUUCGACGUGCUCACCUUCCCUGGCAGCGGCAAAGCGCCCUUUGGCAGCCCCGCGGCCGACGCGCCCCCGCCCGCGGUCGCCGCGGCCGAAGUGCCGGGCUCGGAGGGCGGCAGCGCCACGGGGGAAAGCUCCUGUCACUUCGAGGGGCAGCAGCGGCUCCGCGGCGCGCACGCCGAGCCCUACGGCGCCUCCCCGGGCUUCGGAAAGGAACCGGCGCCCCCAGUGGCGGUCUGGAAGGGACACUCCUUCAACACCAUCUCGGGCCGGGAAGCCGAGAAGUUCAGCGGCAAAGACAGCGGCAAAGGGGACAGUGAUUUCAACGACAGUGAUUCUGACAUCAGUGGGGACGCUCUGAAAAAGGAUCUCAUCAACCACAUGCAGAGUGGACUGUGGGCGUGCACCGCAGAGUGUAAGAUCCUGGGUCACUCUGACCGCUGCUGGAGCCCAUCCUGUGGAGGACCCAAUGCUCACCCACCUCCUCACCCGCCCGCCCAGAUGUCCACCUUCUGUAAGAGCACCUCCCUGCCUCGGGACCCUCUGCGCAGGGACAAUUUCUACCAGGCGCAGCUGCCCAAGACAGUCGGGCUGCAGAGCGUCUACGAGAAAGUGCUGCACAGAGACUAUGACAGGACAGUCACCCUGCUCUCCCCUCCCCGUCCAGGAAGGCUCCCAGACUUGCAGGAGAUUGGGGUGCCCCUCUAUCAGUCCCCCCCUGGGGGCAGGUACCUAUCCCCAAAGAAGGAAGCCGAUGAAAAUGUGUAAUCCCGAGUUGCAUGUCUUCACACAUAUACAGGUCACUCCGAGAAACCCCUAAGUUAUUGACCAGUUUCAGUGUUGUAUAUAUAAAUAUGCAAGAUGUGCCUUAAAAUGAAGUUGUUGGAAACUAUUUCCAAUCACAUUGGUACUGUUUGGUAUUUGCAAACAAAAAAAAUGUAGUUAAUGUAAUUUUUAUGAAAUGUGUGCAGUACUUAAUUUUUCUUAUCAUGCUAUUGACUUUAAUUUCUCUUGCAGCUUGCCAUUUUCUUAGUGUUUUUAACCUGUACAUUGUGUAAUGUAAUGUUUGUAUAUAAUGAAAUUUUGUUAUAUUUUUAUAUAAUAAAAGCUAAAGUGGAAGUUAUUGCCAAAGGAACUGUCUGUAAGACAAAAAAAAUGUUGGAAUUACUAAAUGGAAAUUUAUCUUUCACCUGAAACAUACCUAGUGUUUGAGAAGUUUUGCCUUGCCAAGUAUAACUUGUAUAUCUUGAGUCUGUGGUAGAUUUCAAGUUCAAUGUUAUUUAAUUACAUUUGGUUUUCUGUGAACCGUGUCACUUAUAAGCACAGUAAUAAAGGAUUUGUCAUGUGUUUGAAGAA